AUAGGAUAAGGAUGCAGAUCUCUCUUGGGGAAAGGAAGCCCUUCACUGGUUGUUAUUCAGUUCAUGAACUCUGUCCUUGGAGCAGGAGAUCAGUGGUCCAUGGGCUUGUGUUUUCCAGGCUGCUGCACUGCUCAGGGUCCAGUCACAGGUCCAGAGGAGGUGAGCGGUUAUGAGCAGGGCUUCUUGACAGUGCAGUGCCGAUAUAACUCAGGAUGGAAUAAUUACAAGAAGUACUGGUGCCGAGGAGCUUACUGGAAAUCAUGUAAGAUUCUCGUUGAAACUGAUGCAUCAGAGCAGUUGGAGAAGAAGAACCAUGUGUCCAUCAAGGAUGACCAGACACACCGCAUCUUUACAGUGACCAUGGAGGAUCUGAGGAUGAGCGAUGCUGGCAUUUACUGGUGUGGAAUUACGAAAUCUGGAACGGAUCCCAUGUUUAAAGUUAGUGUGAACAUUGACCCAGAACUGACAACCAUACCCGCAAUUCUGACGUCCACACCAACCAUGGAGGACAUUGGCAUGGAGAACAUUAUCAAGGAACAAGAGAUUCAGAGCAGCCUCUUCAUCUGGUCCCUGCUGAGCAGCCUCUCCUUCCAGCUGUUGGUCUUUGUGGUGUUUCCCCUGUUCCUGAGCAUGCUCAGUGCUGUCCUCUGGGUGAACAGGCCUCAGAGAUCCUCUGAGGGAGGUGAAGUUGGCCUGGUGAAGACCCAUAGUUCUGUUGCCUAGAACAGAGAGGAACACUUCCCAGGAGAGGGAAAAUGAGCUUAACCUCUCUGUCUCUCUGUGUCUAUCUCUCUCUCUGUCUCUCUCUCUCUGUCUCUCUCUCUCUUCCUCUCUCUCUCUCUCUUCCUCUCUCUCUCUCUCUCUCUCUCUCUCUCUCUCUCUCUCUCUCUCUCUCUCUCUCUCAUGUGUGUGUGUAUGUGUGUGUGUACACAUUGUAGCAGCAGAUGUGUACAUGGAGGACAUCUUCAGGUAUCCUUCCAGUAUUGUUUGAGACAGGAUUUCUCACUGACCUGGACCUUUCCCAAGUAAGCCAGAUAGCUGGCCAGGAACUCCAGGGAUCCACCUGCCUCCACCCCCUAUUCUGCCAUUACAAGGACAUGCAAUUGCCCUCACUUAAAAACAAACAAUCCAACAAACACUGAAGGUUUUAGGGAUUGAAUUCAUGUCCUUGUACUUACAAGGAAGGCAAGUGCUUUACCAACCGAUCCAUCUCUCCAGUCUGGAAAAGACUCGUUCUAUUAAGGAACAACUGAUCAGCAGAACAAUGGCUAUGAGGUGCCUGUGGGCCCAGACUCAGACUAAGUCCAGUCCUACAGCAGGGACAGCUGAGUUCUGGAAUUUAUUCAUAUCUUCCAUCUCUCAGAACAUCCCACAAUGCCUACUUAAGUCUCUCUUCCACUGGCAGCUUCAAGGGAAGUAGAAAAUACAAGAAAAGUUCAUGUUUCUUCCUAGGGCUUCAGAUCCUUAGAGAACACAUGCCAAUACAAGUGUGUAGGCCACCAGUCAGGUGACUGAACAAAUACCUGGAAUUGUGGCCUCUCCAAGUGGCAUAAAAAUUUGCCAUUGUCACAGUGAAUAUCUAUCCCUUAUGGACUGGACACACCCUGCUUCCUUUUUUGUCAAUGCAACCCAGUGACUAAGCCCAUUGCAAACAUGGAUGGAAUAGUGACCGAGGCUCUUUGCCACCUGAACAGGUCCCCAAGUAGUAACUUAGUCUUGGUCUCUGAAGUUUAGAUUCUGUGACCAGUGAGACCAAAUGGGGAGCUAAGCUGAAGGAAGGCAGCUGGCCUCUCAAGAGUCACAAACCCACAUCACUCCAUGACCCCUUCAGGGAUUCUCACUGCACCAGGCCUUACAACUGUUUCUCCCUUAGUUCAGAAGCAUCUAUUGAAUGUCUAAAUGUUAGACACUCUCCACAUAUAAGCUCUAAAAUAAGAAACACCCAGUAAAGUCCACAAUGGAAGCCGAGGGGCUCAAACAGAAAUGUUCUGCAGGAAAAUAGUUGUUUUCAGCCCUCCAGCCUCAGCCCUGCUGUGUUCUCCACCAUGACACAGUCUUCUCCCCCCGCACCCCAGUGAGGCUCUGACAACCGCAGCCAAACUCACACUUCACAAGGGUGAACCCCUACUUUGAAUGAGAAGAGUCGCCAGGUUAACAUCGUCUCCUUGGUGACAUGUGCUGGGCUCUAGUGAGCCUGGCUGUCUUGAAAGGACAGAUUUCAUUUGCUUCCAGGGUAUAGCUGCUGCUCAGACAAAGAAUCCCAGUUAAAUGCAGUGGGACACACCAUAACACACACACACGCACACGCACAUGCACACGCACACACACGACAUGUAAUCUGGAAAGGAGCUCAUUAGAGCCUGUAGGCCAGGCAGUGAUGGAGCACAUCUUUUAUUCCAACACUCAGGAGGCAGAGGCAGGUGGAUUUCUGAGUUCAAGCAUCAGCUUGGGUUACAGAGUGAGAUCCA